AUGCCCACACGCUCUGUCGAACCUUCUCCUCUAACUGAUGGCAAGGACAUUAAGCGGCGUCAAAGGGUACCGGUUUCGUGCUCCGUCUGCCGCAAGAGAAAGUCCAAGUGUGACCGAGAACGGCCGUUCUGCGGGAACUGUCGCAAAAAGUCCAUCACGCAUCUCUGCCUGUUUGAAGACUCUCCCUGGACUCAGCGGGAAAUGGUCCAUACAAUCGAACUUCCCGUACAUAACGCCCUGGAAACCCAUCAUUCUGGACCGCCUCCCGAGAACUUUACCCUACCUCCAAUAACCCCUCGCGUCAUCGGACCAACUUCCCCACGUCCGCCACUAAACCAUCCUAUACCCUUUGGUAGCUUUGUUCCACAAUCAAAUUCCUCAUUUGCCUUUACCGGGAGCUACAGUGAACCCCAACCACAGACCGGCCCGGUUGGAUUCGUCCCUGACUUGAAACCCAACCUCAAUGGACGAGGGGCUGCUGUCGAUAUGCCCACUCAGUCGGCUCUCAACUCCAUCUUGGGGGCUCCCCCUCAACCACACCUCUACUCUAUGCUGUUUAGCAGUGACCCGUCGGUCAUACAUUCCAUGAAUGACGCUGAUAGGCCUGCAAUCAAAGACGAGGCAUUGAUCAGAGAGAAGCAAUUCCUGGAAAAUAGAGAGGUUGGAAAUUUUCCGAGCUAUGAGAACGGCGAAGCUGGCUCUCACAAAGAGCAUCGAUUGCCCCACGAACACUUUUUCCGAGAGGUAAACCCUAGCCAUUUACCCCUGGGAAACUCUGUGGGGACCAAUCACUGCUCUGAAGCGCAUAACCCGGCUGGCUACUAUGCCUUCGACCCGUUUAGCGACACCAGAGACCUUUCCAAGAUCCCUAAUAUCCCUCCUCCGUCCAUUUCCUCUCCUAGUUUCUUCUCCAAAUUUGUAUACCCUCUCGAUCCAAACACGCCGCCACUAGAUUUUCAUUCUACGCACACGUUGACGAUGGAAGACGGAAGCAUGGAAAACUUCGGACCACUUUCUCCCCUCUCGAUGUAUGUUCUGGACCGGAAGUUGUAUUCUCUCAUUGACUGGCUCUUUAAUGACUUGCUCGUUAACGAUCCGAGGUUUGCAGUCAUCUGCAAAGGCAAGUUUUCUCGCUAUAGACUCAAGAAAUCCAGCUCAAUGGAGAAAAUCGGCAGUAAGACACGCCGCUCAAGACAAACUCAGUCCAAGAGUAUCAUCUCCCACUUGACCCAGGAGUUGCAUACCGUUACCGAUGCGGGGGAGUCGCAACCAACGUCUGUGUCUUCGGUCGACACAAAUUCGCCUGGGUCAGUUACCUCUCCAAUCGUUCCCGAUCAGGACUUUGUGAAUCGUACGAUCUUGAACGUCUUGCCUGGUAAGAAACACCUAUGGAUGCAUUUUUUCAACUUUUUCAAGAGGAUCUAUCCGCUCCUACCGAUCAUUGACGAAAAUGAAUUUGUGAAAGAUCUCUCUAGAAUUUUGGGGUUCUUGGAUAUUAAAGACGAUGUUAUCACUGUAUUACACACCGAGUCGCUUAAUGACUAUGCCACAUUGGGAAUUUUCCUCCUCGUGGUGUUCUUUUCCAGCGCGUAUAACCCAGAGCCAAGCACUAUUCAGACUUCGCCCAGUUCAUCUACUCCACCCCGUCUUGAUAUGACGACCCUCAAGGUAGUCGAUCAGACCGCAUUACUAGUAACUGCUGAGCACUGUCUUUCCCAAGUUCGAUCCAGAAAGUCCCCCUCGAUCCCGAUUUUCCAGUUCCAUCUCUUGUUCUCUAUCUACUUCCAUAUAGAGGGGGAAACCCAAUCCGGAGACAGGCUAAACCCCAUGCCCGAUUCUCUCUUGGUGCCCAAUCUUUUGCAGAUGGCAUUCAGUUUAGGGUUGCACAGGGAUCCCACCUUUUUUCCGCGGCAGUACGAAAAUAUGUCGCCUGAGUUUGUCCAGCUCUGGAGGCGAUUGUGGUACACAAUCGCCAAUUUGGAGGCGUAUAGUUCGAUUGGCGAAGGGUACCCAUCAAUGGUGGGAACGAUUAACUCGUUUGAUACCAAGUUACCAGACUGGAAUCUUAAUGACAUGGAACGGGAAAUUAACGUUUCAUAUAAAGAUGCACUGGAAGCCCUCGAGCACCUAUAUGACCUAAGUGCGAUGGUGCACAACUUGCGCCGUAAACCCCAGAUAUGUGAAUUUAUUGAGGUCUUGAACAAGCUUGAUAGGCAUUUGUUCCACAAGGUUGGAAACCCUGCAUUGUCGAUCUUGUCAAUAAUGGAUGAAAACAGCGACCCGGCGUACUGCUUCCGCAAGUCCACGAUGUAUCGCCGAUUUGUGAGCAUCCAGGGCUACAUGGUGGACAUAUGUUACCAGAUCUUUCUUCACUUUGAAAACAAUGGCGAUAUGGUGUGGGCGGGUUAUUACUGGAAGAAAUUGCUUGUGUUGGCUCUUGGGCUUUUCCUGAUCUGUUCCCCCAUCUUUCAUGAUCCUGCUUUGUACUUUGGUCGGCUGUUCGAUCUCUCUAUAUCGUUCAAAACCCUCAACGGUUUAUGGAAGAGUAGCAAGGUGUUUUCAGGUAUUAUUCUGCGGUGUAUCAUCUACAAGCUGGCGUUGAAGAAGCACGGGAAUACCGAUAUGGAAAAGCUUAAACUGGUGGAAGUAUUGUUUAAGGUGGUGCACGAGUUUUGGGAUCGUUCGACGGGCACUGGCACUAUUAAUGCCGAGUCGUUCAAUAGAUGGGGGAGAAAACGAGCACUUUGUUUGCUCAUCACCCGUAUUGUGACCCGCGAGUUGUACCAUGAGUUUGCCAAGGCUGAUUUACAGAGUUAUGAUCCGGCGAUCAUAGCCAAGAGCCCGGAUUCCACGGAAGAAAUGGAGAAAAACACGUUGUUCGAGCUUCCGACGGCUGACGUUAAUGAAUUUGUUACUCUAGUAACAUCAUACACUCAUCUUGGUUCCACCAUUCAUGCCAAAGUAAGCAAAGACAUUCCCACAACUCCAUUGCUGCUGGGUAAUGAUACCAUCAGUAUACCCAUGGUAAGGGAUGAAGAGAAGCCAGUGGAAGAAGCCAAACAAAAAUUUAUGGUAUUGGAGGACAAUGAGUUGCUGGGUUUGAUCAACUUAGAAGAAUUAACCAGUUUCUUUUCUCUAUCUAAUACGUUAGAUCACUGGUACCUGGGAGACUUUCAGUUUUAG